UGCGGGGCCGGGCCGGCCCCUCCUCCGCCUGCCGGCGCUUCCCGUCCCUUCCCGUGCUUUCCCUUCCCGUCCCUCCCCGCCGCCGCUCCGCGAGGGGCAGGGCCGGCACCCCCUCGCUGUCCCCGGCCCGCGCGGCCCGGCCGCGGCUGCCCCGCAGCCCCAGGCCGGGUGUUCCCCUCAGCAGCGCCCUGGCCGUGCCUUGAGGGAGGAGACGCGUCCGGCCCUGGAGGAAUGCUCAGGGAGCGGCUCCUCGGCUCGGCCUGCGCGCUGCCCUGACUCGAAAGAUUGGUGGCAACUCUACAGAAAAGUUAAAUGUCUUCAGAGGACAAGGAGGCUCAGGAGGACGAGCUGCUGGCUCUGGCCAGCAUCUACGAUGAGGAUGAGUUUAAGAGAGCAGAGUCUGCCCAAGGAGGAGAAACAAGAAUUUGUCUGGAGUUGCCUCAAGACUUUAAAAUUUUUGUGAGGGGCAGUUCCACAGAGAGCCUCCAGAGCAGUGGCUUCGAGUACUCCGUGUGCUUCCUGCCUCCCCUCGUGCUGAAUUUCGAGCUCCCACCUGACUACCCAUCGAGCUCCCCGCCCGUGUUCACCCUCAGUGGGAAAUGGCUCUCCCAGGCCCAGCUCAGCGCUCUUUGCAAGCACUUGGACAAUGUGUGGGAAGAGAACCGAGGCUGUGUGGUGCUGUUUGCUUGGAUGCAGUUUCUGAAGGAGGAAACACUGAAUUACCUGAAUAUUUCAUCGCCAUAUGAGCUGAAAAUGUGCCCUCAGGGGAAGGGGCAGGGCCGGACACCAGCGGGGCCCCUCGAGGCUGGGAAGGACUGUGGGGGUGCCACAGGCUUUGCCACAGCUGAGGAGGAAAUCGUGGAUGCCAGGGCUGUGCAGGAUGUGGAGUCCUUGUCCAGUCUGAUCAGGGAGAUCUUGGACUUCGACCAGGCCCAGAGGAGGAAGUGCUUUAACAGUAAGAUGUACUCGUGCGGUAUCUGCUUCUGUGAGAAGCUGGGCAGUGAGUGCAUGCACUUCACCGAGUGCAGCCACGUGUACUGCAAGGCCUGCCUGAAGGACUACUUUGAGAUCCAGAUCAGGGAUGGGCAGGUGCACUGCCUCAACUGCCCCGAGCCCAAGUGUACUUCUGUCGCCACUCCAGGCCAGGUGAAGGAGCUGGUUGGGGAGGAGCUGUUUGCCCGCUACGACCGCCUGCUGCUGCAGUCCAGCCUGGACCUGAUGGCUGACGUGGUUUAUUGCCCCCGGCCUGGCUGCCAGACCCCCGUGAUGCAGGAGCCUGGCUGCACCAUGGGCAUCUGCUCCUGCUGCAACUACGCCUUCUGCACCCUCUGCAAGAUGACCUACCACGGGGUGUCCCCCUGCAAGGUCACUGCAGAGAAAUUAAUGGAUUUGAGGAAUGAAUAUUUAGAAGCAGAUGAGACAACGAAAAGAUUUUUGGAACAGCGCUAUGGCAAGAGAGUGAUUCAGAAAGCCUUGGAGGAGAUGGAGAGUAAGGAAUGGCUGGAGAAGAACUCCAAGUCUUGUCCUUGCUGUGGGACCCACAUCGAGAAACUGGAUGGCUGUAACAAGAUGACCUGCACAGGGUGCAUGCAGUAUUUCUGCUGGCUCUGCAUGGGCUCCCUGUCCCGGGCCAACCCCUACCAGCACUUCAAUGACCCCUCCUCACCCUGCUUCAACAGAUUGUUUCAAGCCAUGCACAAUGACAAUGGGGAGUUCUGGGAAGGAGAAGAUGAUAAUCAGUAGCUUCCUCCAGCACCAAAGGGAUGAGUGCCAAGGCAGUCAGCUGAGGAUGUGACCAGUGAGAGGUUAAAAAGUAUCAGGAAGAGAUGAACUUGAAUUCUUCAAGAUACUGACAAUUACCUUGUGUUCUCAGUUGAUGAAGUAAUUUAUUUUUUAUUAACUCUUCAUAUAAGAAAUUUGAUGGUUGAUACUUUUGCUUCUGGACAAGAUUCUUUAUUUCCACUGGUUUUGCACUUCAAAUUCUUGCAGAACCAAAUUGUUUCCCCUAAAAUCUCAGCAAGUGGUUUUGAGAGUAUGAAGGUGAUUACUGGAGGCAAACACUGAUUUUUUUUUUUUUUUACAAGUUUUUCCACUUGCAGAACAGUCUAAAAGUUUAUUUGGAAACUAAAGCUGCUUGUGCUGUGUUCAAGAGCAGUAGGGCCUGGAUGGAAAGCUCUGGAGCUGAGACUCCUCAGGAACUGUGUGUGAUCACAGCUCACUGAGUUCUGACUGAGAGUUAAUAAAUUUAUCCUGGGAUGUGUGGCCAAAACCAGUGGUGCUGCAGUUCCCUGUGCAGAGGAGCAGUCUGCACUGUUGGAACUGGCACAGAGAUUAAAAAGAUGGAAGAAAGAACAAAUUCUCACCUCAGCUGAAUCUCUAGGUCAGUGUGUAGGAAAAGUGUACGUUGUGUAUGGUUUGAGUUGUUUUCCUGCACUUUUCACAUGCACUAAAUUCACUUUAAGAUGGUAAA